AUGGCAGAAAUCCCCGCUCGGACCUGGAUGGACAAGGAAGGGGAGAUGGACCGAUCACGGUUGAUGGACAUGUCUUACGAGCAGUGGAUCACGACUUGUGCGAGCCCCGAGCUGGAGCGCAUACAAGGCAGCAUCACGGGGCGAAGAGGGUCAACUUCGCGUACUGGUUGCACGGCGCGCCUCCCUCAACGCUCCACGGGGAGAUAUGGCACUCCUUUGGCGGUAGCAUCAGCGAGAGGCCACGGUGCGAUUGUCCAGUUGCUGCUAGAUGCAGGGGCUGACAUCACGUUUGAACAAAAAUGGGGUUCCUCCUCUGAAAUCGCAAGCUUGUAUGGUUCUCCUCUAGAACUUGCGUCCUACUACGGCCACAGCCAUAUCGUGGAGAUUCUUCUCAAAAGGCUGGAGGCGGAAAUGGAUUUAACCCACCAACCAACAAAAAACCAAUACAUCCGGGCCGCACUCCAUCAAGCAUCUGAGCAGGGACAUGAAGAAGUUGUGCGUCAGUUGCUCGACGCAGGAGCAGACAUGGAAUCUCUCGGAAAUCGUUAUCAGGCGACCGCGCUGCAGAUAGCCUCUUCCCGCGGUCACGUCAGCAUAGUUAAAGCACUCCUCAACAACAACGCCAACGUCAACGCCCACGGAACACGACAUUGCACCGCACUACGCGCAGCAUGCAGACACGGCCACGUUGAUGUAGCCCAGCUCCUCCUCCACCACGGCGCCAUUGUCGAUUUCCCGCCAGAGACGUGGUUUAGCCAAGAAAUCCGCACGCUCCUCCAAACAAGCGGCAAUAGAUCAGCACCUGGACCGUGUACAGGCCCAACGACAGAACCAAGCUUAACACCAGAACAACACAUUCCUGGAGAACUCCGCUUCGACAAUCUAAGCUGGCUGGCGAAGCACGGAUUCGACAUAACUCCGCUGGUUGACACCAUGAAGAGCAACGGAUGGCCGAGACGAAACCCUCGGUGGCAACCGUCGAAUUUAUCCCAUCCCCCUGACCACUACAAGGUAGUGGCUCGGGGGGAGGAGAGGAGGAGACGACGGCACGAAGAGGAAGUCUUGAAGCGAAUCAGGAAUUGGACGGCGGGUUUGACGAACGUAGAAGCGCCGACAAAGUAUCACCUCAAGCAAAAGCGACAGCGUGUUGAGAGGAAAAUUGAGAGCUGUUGUGGGUGUUUGCUCUGCGUCUUCGACAAGCAGGCUCACGAGUCGUUUGAGGGGAGGGUACAGGCGUAUAAUACAGAGCUUGCUGAUCCGGUUGCUUUUACGCUGAAGCAGAUGAGGGAUCGAUGUCUGAGCGAGGAGAGAGUAAGGCUUGAGGCAGACGUUAAGUAG